AAACCCAGCUGUAUAUAACUCACUCGCUCACUCUGUCUCUCCCAAGCCUAACCAUAUCCUAGAAACACAAACGCUACUGAACCCAACACAAACUAACCAUGAAGCAAACCCUUUUCUUGCUCUCACUGGCCUUCCUCUCAUUUUCCAUAGCACAUGGCCUGAACCCCAACCGGUGUGACCUCCCAAACCAGGGCUCAACCCUCCAGGUCUUCCACGUGAACAGCCCAUGCUCUCCACUGAGGCCACCCGAGGCCAUGUCUUGGGAAGACACUGUGCUCCAAUUGCAAGAGAAGGACGAAGCAAGGCUCCAGUUCUUGUCCUCAAGCCUAGUGGCUAAGAAAUCUGUGGUGCCCAUUGCAUCUGGGAGGCAGAUCCUACAGAGUGCCACUUAUAUUGUGAAGGUUCAGAUUGGGACUCCUUCUCAGAGCAUGUUCAUGGCUGUGGACACCAGCAACGAUGCUGCUUGGGUCCCUUGUAGCGGGUGCGUGGGUUGCUCUUCAAGCGUUCUGUUUGAUUCUGCCAAGUCCACUAGCUUCAAGUCCCUUGAUUGCCAAGCUUCUCAGUGCACGCAGAAAUUUCAGGUAUCGAAUCCCAAGUGUGGCGGGAACACUUGCACCUUCAACAUGACAUAUGGAGGCUCCAACCUACUAGCGAAUCUCUCGCAGGACACAUUCACCCUAGCCACCGAUCCCAUCCCCGGCUACACCUUCGGUUGCAUCCAAACAACCACGGGGACCUCUUUGCCGCCGCAGGGGCUCCUGGGCUUGAGCCGAGGCCCGUUAUCGCUCCUAUCCCAGGCCCAGAGCCUAUACCAGUCCACGUUCUCGUAUUGCUUGCCCAAUUUCAGGUCCACCAACUUCUCCGGGUCGCUCCGGCUUGGCCCGGUGGGCCAGCCCAAAAAAAUAAAGUACACGCCGUUGCUCAAGAACCCAAGGAGGUCUUCACUUUACUACGUCAACUUGAUUGGCAUAAGAGUUGGGAGCAAAAUUGUGGAUAUUCCACCAAGUGCACUGGCUUUCAAUGCUACCACUGGGGCAGGAACCAUCUUUGAUUCAGGCACGGUGUACACUCGGCUGGUGGAGCCGGCGUAUGUGGCGGUGCGAGAUGCGUUCCGGAAACGAAUUGGUGGGAGCGCGACGGUGACCUCGCUCGGAGGCUUCGACACCUGCUACACAGUCCCCAUCGUUGCUCCGACGAUGACCUUCAUGUUCGACGGCAUGAACGUGACGCUCCCACAGGACAACCUCCUCAUCCACAGCACCGCUGGGACCACCACCUGCCUCGCCAUGGCCUCCGCCCCCAACAACGUCAACUCCGUCCUCAACGUGAUCGCCAGCAUGCAGCAGCAGAACCAUCGCCUCCUCUUCGAUGUCCCUAAUUCCAGGCUCGGCGUUGCCCGCGAACAGUGUUCUUCAUGAUUUGCGUGGCAUCGAAUUUGUGUUUUGGUUUGGUAUUCUGGUAGCUCGCAUCUGAGUUCUGAACUGAGAGUCCGAUUUUCUUUGAUGGGAUUAAUUUGCAAAUUUCUCGCAAAGGAAUGAAGCUACUACAUUGAGCUUGGAUGAUGUUCU